AUGGCUCGCACGAAGCAGACCGCUCGCAAAUCUACCGGCGGCAAAGCGCCGCGCAAGCAGCUGGCCACCAAGGCGGCCCGCAAGAGCGCGCCGGCCACGGGCGGCGUGAAGAAGCCGCACCGCUACCGGCCCGGCACGGUGGCCCUGCGCGAGAUCCGCCGCUACCAGAAGUCCACGGAGCUGCUGAUCCGCAAGCUGCCGUUCCAGCGGCUGGUGCGCGAGAUCGCGCAGGACUUCAAGACCGACUUGCGUUUCCAGAGCUCGGCCGUGAUGGCGCUGCAAGAGGCGUGCGAGGCCUAUCUGGUAGGGCUUUUCGAGGACACCAACCUUCUUCAGGCUUUGACCAUGUCUGGUCGCGGCAAAGGCGGGAAGGGUCUGGGCAAGGGAGGCGCCAAGCGUCAUCGCAAGGUUCUGCGCGAUAACAUCCAGGGCAUCACCAAGCCCGCCAUCCGCCGCCUGGCCCGGCGUGGGGGUGUCAAGCGCAUCUCCGGCCUCAUCUACGAGGAGACCCGCGGGGUGCUGAAGGUGUUCCUGGAGAACGUGAUCCGGGACGCGGUCACCUACACCGAGCACGCCAAGCGCAAGACGGUCACCGCCAUGGACGUGGUCUACGCGCUUAAGCGUCAGGGACGUACCUUAUACGGUUUUGGCGGUUGAGUGUUUAGUUUUGUCUUUGUCCUCCUAGCAUAAAGGCCCUUUUCAGGGCUUC